UAAUAUUUACUUUGCGUUCCUCUCCAAGCGAAAGCAUCAACAUCGAGGUAACCUUGAUGUUCGUUUGCAAGGCGUAUAUUAUUAUCUCCGAUAAAGGUUCCUCGAAUAGUUCUCAAAUAAAAUGCAAAUUCUAGUGCCCAGAUGCGGUAGAUUGUUGUUCCACAACUUUUCCCUCAUCCAACCAAGAACUCAUUCGAUUUCAUCAUCUUUUGCGGCAUGUUUUCGAUCUACUCCUACUUCCUUCGAAAAAUGGAAGAGCAAAUGGAAAAAUUCGUUGGAAUUAGGACGUCCAAAACCAUCUAAGACAUAUAUCAAAUACAAAACACGUCAAAAACGCGCAGAUGCAAAGAAAGCUUUAAAUGAUCUCUUCUUCAGAAGUGGAUGCUCCAAAUUUUCACUUGAGGGGGAAUUCUUGAAGAAGCAAGGAACAAACAAAUGUGAUGAAACAUCUACUGACUCAACAGAAAACAGAAACAAAGGGGAACCAUUAAAAUACUCAGCUUUUCGUGCUAAUAAAUCUCAUCAUCAAAAGAGAAACAAAAGCAAGAGGAAAAAAGAUUUUUUUGAAGGCUUUGAUGAUGAUGAUGAUUCGGGGAUGAAUUUUCAUGCAAGAUUUGGAAAUAAGUCGUAUUCAUGGUCUUUUAAGUCAUGGGAAGAGUCUUUUUCACAAAGUCAAACAAAUGGAUUUGAAUGGAGAGAAGAUUCAAAUGGUGCAAAUAACAGAAAUAAAUGGAGGACUCCAAGUGAUGAUGAUGAUGAGUCUGAUGAUGAUUAUGAUGAUGAGCCUUAUAUUAUUGGUUCAAAUUCAGAUAGAAUAACACUCGGUUUGCCACUAAAUGGUCCAUUAAAGAUUGAUGAAGUAAAAAACGCUUUCCGGCUUUCAGCUUUAAAAUGGCAUCCGGAUAAGCAUCAAGGCCCAUCACAGGUGUUGGCUGAAGAGAAAUUUAAACUUUGCGUGAAUGCAUACAAAUCAUUGUGCAAUGCACUUUCAAGGGUUUAGACAAAUUGGAAAUUUGACAUCAACUUUGGACUUUGGAGGUCUAACAUAUCUAACUUUAUUUUUAAUGGGUUUUAUAUACUUACAAAAGUUGGUCUUUGGUAAUUAACAUGAUUUUAUUAGGAGAUUAUGAUAGAUGUUUCAUCCAAAUACAUCGUAAUUACAAGUCUAUAGGUAAUUAUUAUGAUUAUCUAUAGGUAAGUCAACUGAUUUAUGAAAAUUGGGAUUUUACAUAUGGAAUGGUAUAUUGUGAA